AUGCGAACGACUACGUUAUUCAUACAUAUCAGGGAAAAGGGUCAACGAGAACACCCAGGACAGCUUCAAGUGGAUCAAGACGACAGGAGCCGAAUCAAGACAAUGAUAGGAAUCGAGCGAUUGAAUACUGUAUCGUCUGUUUAUGAACAGCUGGACGCGUUACUGUCUUCUCCCUCACCUCCUCAAUCGAUUUACGUUCAAUCGGCGUCAAACUUGGAUUUCACACUCGAAUUGCUUCAACAGCUAUUAAGGAAUUCGUCGAACCAACUACCUCAUCCAUUAUUACCAAGCUAUGUUCAAGUCAAUCUGGAUGAGAUCCUGAGCUCACGAAACCUAUUCCAGUCUAUCCUCAACCAUUUCGCAAAUUGGGAUCCACCCUAUCAUCUUUCCAACAUCCAAUCCUGGAAUGGUCAAACUAAUAUCAAUAAGAGUCAACCCUCAGCUUUCACUUGGGAUUACUCACAAAUCGCCCACGAGCUCAAACAAAACAGGUCUAAAGGCUUAUUAGCUCAACGAAAGAGCAGCUCAUUCGAUGGAUUUUGCGACGGACUUCGGCUCAUCUGUAAUGAACUAUCCGCGUAUCAACCUCACCAAUCAUCAUCAUCAUCAGAGUUUCUAUCAAAAUUCCCAAGGUUCAUUAUCUUGAACAAGCCAGAACUUCUCAGACCAUGGAAGGAUUUCAAUAUUCUUACCUCCUUCACCCGCUUGGCUGAACUCUCUGGCUGCUCGGUCCAUACCAUCUUCGUCUCCGCUCUACCUUGGCCAAAAUUGCGGCCACGAUAUGGUGCACUCGAUCCAAUCUCAAUUCCUAUCCCUAGGCUGUCUGAAAACGGUCGGUUGUUCAUCCCUCCACCCGUGGUUUUGCCGGAAUUAAAGAAUCACUUGAAGGAAAUUUUUCAAGCGUUCGUGAGGUUUAUUGUGGCUACUUUCAACUCCCAGACCUCGGCGGACCUGUACGAGCUGUCGAUCCUCGUGGAUCGAUUGUGGCCAGACUGGAUUACUCGAAUGGACGAAAGUGGCUCCUCUUUCGAGGAUACGGCCAAAAUGAUCUUAUUGAGCAAGCCGAUCAUCGAACUUGAACAGAAAGCGUAUGGCUCCCCAGUUUGGCAUCUUCCUUCGUUUCUAUCCAAGCCUCCUGGACUAGACGACCCGUCAGCGAGUGCAUCUGAUGACGAGGAAAUGACAGCGUAUGAAGAGUCUAGUGGAUCGCCCAAGAAGCAAAAUGAUGUUUCAUCACCAAAGAAACCAACCUUAUUGCUUUCACCUUCCAAGACGCGGGUCAAUCAAAUCUCUCAAACCCCAUUCUCGACUCCGUCCAAGCCGCGCCAUUAUCUCUCGAUCUUCUCUCCUUCAGUGACCAAUCCCUCUUCCCAACCUGGCUCAGCAAGUACCCGACAUCGCUUCACAACUCAUUUAACACCAAUGACACCCAGGGUUCAAACCAUCAAGUUCACUGCUUCAAUUGAUAAAGGGCCAGUCAUGUAUCAACGCCAGAAAACCAUCGAUACUUUAUCUUUGUCGUUACCAAUGGUCGCUCGCUUCCUUCUCGUCGCUGCUUUUAUUGCUAGUUUUAAUCCAGCAAGGACCGAUCUUGGGCUCUUCUUAACAAGUAAUGAUGGGCUCAAGAAGCGCAAAGCAAGGGGACCCAGAAAAAUCCAACCUGGACAAGUCAUUCGGGCGAAGAUUCGGCAAAGAUUAUUGGGCCCUAAGAUGUUUACGAUUGGAAGAUUGUUGGCGAUUUUCAAUGCAAUCACUGACCAAGAAGGGAUCAAGUUCAACGAGAUUGAUGUGCUACAACAAAUCGGAACCUUAAUACAAUUCAAACUGCUACUCAAAACGACUUCAUCGACUUCAUCAUCACUGAUCAGUCAAGCAGACAAACAACUCGAAUCGAUCAAAUUGAUCGUCUCUAAUCUCUCCUCUUCUUCUGAAACACAAAUCUUGAGGAUUUGCGAUAGUCUCCAGUUUAACCUUCUGAAUCGUAUGUGGGAAUUGGAAGAUUAA